CCUGCCAGGUAUCGCAAAGCACCCACACUCAGUGCAGGCAGUAAGCCGAUGAAAGCGACAAGUGCUUGUCGGGCAUCUCUCUCUCUUUUUUUAUGAGCCUGACAAUAACGGAUAAAUAACUUUUUCUUGCAGCAUCUCUCCCCUUCCCUCCUCACCACCACUAUCCCUUCCCCCCACCUCCUACCCCACCACCCUCUUCCCCGACCCCAGCCCCUCCUGCACCCCACUUCCUCUGAGGUGUGAGAGCUCUGAGCCAAUGCAGUGAUAGCUGGCCAGCCCUGGGAGCAGUGGACUCGCGAGCAAGACAGCAGCGGCUCCGAAAUGGCCCUAACCUUGUUUGAUACAGAUGAAUAUAGACCUCCUGUAUGGAAAUCUUACUUGUAUCAGCUACAACAGGAAGCCCCCCAUCCUCGAAGGAUCACCUGUACAUGUGAGGUAGAAAACAGACCAAAAUAUUAUGGAAGAGAGUUUCAUGGCAUGAUCUCCAGGGAGGCAGCAGACCAGCUCCUGAGUGUGGCUGAGGGGAGUUAUCUCAUUCGUGAGAGCCAGCGUCAGCUAGGAACCUAUACUUUGGCAUUAAGAUUUGGAAGUCAAACCAGAAACUUCAGGCUCUACUACGAUGGAAAACACUUUGUUGGGGAGAAACGUUUUGAGUCCAUCCACGAUCUGGUGACUGAUGGAUUGAUUACUCUCUAUAUUGAAACCAAGGCAGCAGAAUAUAUUGCCAAGAUGACGAUAAAUCCAAUUUAUGAGCACAUAGGAUACACCACUUUAAACAGAGAGCCAGCAUACAAAAAACACAUGCCCGCCCUGAAAGAUACACAUGAUUGGAAAGAGUCUACAGGAGAGGAUGGGGUGUCAGAGAAAAGGUUGACAUCCCUCGUUAGAAGAGCAACUCUGAAAGAAAAUGAGCAGAUUCCGAAAUAUGAAAAGGUUCAUAAUUUCAAGGUCCAUACGUUCAGAGGUCCACACUGGUGUGAAUACUGUGCCAACUUUAUGUGGGGUCUCAUUGCUCAGGGAGUGAAAUGUGCAGAUUGUGGUUUAAAUGUUCAUAAGCAGUGUUCCAAGAUGGUCCCUAAUGACUGUAAACCAGACCUGAAGCACGUCAAAAAAGUGUAUAGCUGUGACCUUACAACACUAGUAAAAGCACAUAUCACUAAAAGGCCAAUGGUGGUUGACAUGUGCAUUCGAGAAAUUGAAUCUAGAGGUCUUAACUCUGAAGGACUCUACAGAGUCUCAGGAUUUAGUGACCUUAUCGAAGAUGUAAAAAUGGCAUUUGACAGAGAUGGUGAAAAGGCGGACAUUUCUGUGAACAUGUAUGAAGAUAUCAAUAUCAUCACUGGCGCACUUAAACUGUACUUCAGGGAUUUGCCAAUUCCACUCAUCACAUAUGAUGCCUACCCUAAAUUUAUAGAUUCUGCAAAGACUUUGGAUCCUGAUGAACAGCUGGAAACUCUUCAUGAAGCGUUGAAACUACUGCCGCCUGCGCACUGUGAAACGCUUCGGUAUCUCAUGGCACAUUUAAAGAGGGUAACCCUUCAUGAAAAGGAAAACCUCAUGAAUGCUGAGAAUCUUGGAAUUGUUUUUGGACCCACCCUCAUGAGAUCUCCAGAAUUAGAUGCAAUGGCGGCCCUGAAUGAUAUACGGUAUCAGAGACUGGUGGUGGAGAUGCUUAUCAAAAAUGAAGACAUUUUAUUUUGAAUUUUCCCUUUUGCAUAAAGAGAAGAGAGCUAUGUUCUACAGAUGAAGGAAUGUUUUAUAGUAAUUUAAUUGGCUCUUCUAGCUGAAUUAUUUCUUGAUUAGAGCUUUGGGUAUGCACCAGAUAAAAAUGAAGGAAUUUUCUGUUGUUUGUGUAGUGCCACUCAGCUGUCCUUGUCCAACAAUUAACGCCUAAGCUUCAGUACUAGUAAUCCUGGGUGUUUAUCAUGUUAAAGGAACCUCAAGCUAUUGCAUGAUUGGCUCCCCUUUGGACUAGAGAUCUCUUUACUAAAGAAACAACAAAACAGUGCAGCUUCUUCAUCCUGGAUAGUCUGUGGUUGUAAUUCAGCAUGUUUCUCAGUGUAAACCUGUUGUGAUUUUGCUUUUAUGUUCUAGGUCAUUAGUUUCUGAUACUUACAAAAAAAAAAAUGUGUGAAACAGUACCUUGGGCUCACGCAUUGCCAUUCUCUAUUAUCAUUUGCCAACUUUUAUUGGGUGGUUUAUUUCUGGUUUCUCUCAGCUCUUCUAUCAUGUAGUACUUUGUUUCCAACAAGAACAAAAUGUGUUUUCUGAUUGUUAUUUUAAGCAGUUAUCCAUGCCAAUAAAAUGUACAACACUGAGCGUUUUCUUUUAUAUUAUUAUUAUUGGUUUUCUGUUGUAAUUUUGUAUUUUUA